UUCCUCUUAUCAUUCAUCAUUCCUUUCGCCCAAAUACAGAUUCUUAUCCUAGUCUUACGCACUCGAUCUCAUUUCCUUUUACUGUUAUACAUAUGAGUACAUCAGUUCACUCUCUAACUGUUAAUAUGAAGAGGACCGCUGAUUUUGAAGUUCUCAAAUAUUUCGAUGAGGAUGGCGACGGAAAGAUUUCUCCGUCUGAGCUCCGGCACCGAAUUGGCUUGAUGGGCGGAGAGAUAUUGCAGAAAGAAGCAGAAAUGGCGAUAGAGGCUUUGGAUUCAGACGGUGAUGGGUUGCUGAGCGUGGAGGACUUGAUGGCGUUGGUAGAAGGAGGAGGAGAGAAUGAGAAGUUGAAGGACAUGAGAGAAGCUUUCAACUUGUAUGACACAGAAAGGUGUGGCUUCAUUACUCCGAAGAGCUUGAAGAGGAUGCUUGCCAAAUUGGGGGAAUCAAAGACUAUCGAUGAAUGCAAAGCCAUGAUCGCUCCGUUUGAUUUGAAUGGGGAUGGCAAGAUUAGCUUUGAAGAAUUCGUGAUCAUGAUGCAGUAAUUGAAUUUCGAUCAAAUGGUUUUGUCCGUACAGACCCUUUCUUUUCUGCUCUGUAAAACUAGACAUGUUCUUGAACUUCAAUUGCUUUAUAGCAAGAGAUUCUUUUCUUCACUGUAUAUAAUGGACAAAAAAACAAAAUGCCUGCAGUCA